UUCCGCAUCAGUCGGAAAUAUGGAAGCCUUGGUUGACGACCUGGAUCAUACAACCAUAUACAAAAGGAAUCAAGACUAUAGCGAAGAGAGCGACGGAGAAGGCGGUCUUGGAAAUCUGAACCGUCUGAUAGUCCGUCCGCCGGGGCAUAGCGGUAAGGCGAAGCGCGGUCACUUGUGUUUCGACGCGGCGUUCGAGUGCGGCAACCUGGGCAGAGCGGAUCAUAUCACAGAAUUGGAAUACGAUCUCUACAUCAGACCGGACACCUGCCGGCCUAGGGCCAGGUUCUGGUUCAACUUUACAGUGGAAAAUGUUAAACAGGACCAGAGAGUCAUUUUUAAUAUUGUUAAUUUUGGCAAAGAAUUUACGUUAUACGAUAAAGAUAUGACACCACUGGUUAGAUCAACUUCGCGGCAAAAAUGGCAGAGAAUACCGAGACGACUUAUAUUCUAUCACAAAUCACUAGUACAUCGAGGUCGCAAGAUCCUUAGCCUAGCGUUUGGAUUCGAUCGUGAAGAAGAUGUGUAUCAAUUCGCUGCUGCAGCGCCGUACUCGUACUCGCGGCUCCAGAAAUAUUUAGUCACGUGGCAGAAAAAAGCAGAGAACUUCGCCACAAGGGAAACAAUCGCACAAUCAACGCAAAAACGUCAAAUUGAUCUGAUCACGAUUGGAGAUUUAAAUGUAAAGGAACCGGAAAGUAAAGAGGAAAACUUGACAAAAACAAAGAGCAGUGAGAUCAAGAAGCGAGUAGUGUUUGUGAUGGCACGGGCUCACGGCGGGGAGCCGCCUGCGUCUUACAUCUGCCAAGGUUUGUUGGAUUACAUCAUUAGUUCUGCAGAGAACGCGUCUGCUAUAAGGGAUCAUAUAGUAAUUCAGGUGGUGCCAAUGUUGAACCCCGACGGUGUGUUCCUGGGCAGUCAGCGCGCCGAUCUGCUCGGCUCCGACCCCAACCGCAGCUGGCACCGCACUACCACCUUCGCGCAUCCACCACUUGUCGCAGUUAAAGAACAUAUACGGAAAAUUACUAGUGAAAAGAAACUUCAGUUGGACUUCAUAAUCGACAUCCACGCGGACAUCAGUCACGAAGGUGUCUUCGUGCGAGGCAACUCUUAUGACGACGUGUACAGGUUCGAGCGUCACGCGGUGCUGCCGAAGUUCCUGUCGCUGCGACUGGAGGCGUGGCGGGCGGAGCAGUGCGUGUACAACGCGGAGCCGGCGCUGGCCGGGAGUGCGCGCCGCGCGCUGCCACCGCCCGGCGUUGACGCAUACACACUCGCCGUCUCGCUGGCCGGCAGGCGGCUCAGCCCCACCGGGCCCUAUAUACAUUAUACUGAAGAUGCUUAUGCAAGGAUAGGGAGGGGCGUGGUGAAAGCUCUGUGCGACUACUACCGCCAUAUAGGCGUAGUACCGCCGCGGGUGGGCGCGCCCAGGAAGCAUCGCGAGACUCGCAGUCGGCGUCGGCGCAGACGCGCGCACUAUGAACGCGAAAGAUCAGUUAGUUGGUCCCCCGAGCGGCGUGUGCUGGCGGCGCGCGUGCUGUCGCCCCCGCUGCCGCAGACCUCGGCCGCGCCGCGUGCACUACCGCCGCGCACAGCACGACACUCCGUGCUGCGAGCACGUCCACAACCCCCACUUCAUGAUAACUUGCUCCCAAUCAUUACUGGCACAGCAGUGCGUACGCCGCGUCUGUCCGUUGUGGACAUGAGCGCGUACAUCCGCACGCCGGCGUCGCCGCAGCGGCCGCGCUUCUCCGGCUCCAGGUUCCACACCAAGCACGCUCUGCGACGAGCGCGCCCGCGGGACAUCACCAGUGAUGAUUACGACACUCACGAAUCAGACUCAUAGCAAAUACUCUAUAGACCUUUGAGAACAAGGGGCCAGUAUUCAGUUCUUUACAGAGAACUGUGGAGCCCAUAUACUUUGUAAGAUUUUAUAAAACGGAGAUUCUUAAGAGCCCCAAUAUCAUAUAUCGCACGAAUGUGAAGAUUAGCUUGAAGAAUACAGAAUGCGGACGUGAAGUGUCAAUUUCGCGUUUCGUUUGAUAAGUGUGCGGUCCGGAGGCCUAAUUUUAGUCCU